AUGGCGGAUUCACACGAUAACGAACAAGACAAGAAGGUUUGGGCCGAGUCGAUGGAGAAAAAGGUUGAGUUUUCGAACAUGAACGACGGUCUUCUAAACUUCUGCUUGACACAUGGGUUUGUGGGGGGAGAUAAUAAACCGCGCGCGAGUAAGGAAGACAUGGAAUGGCUGAGAAAGGUAUUUGACGGGAUAGAGAGCGAAGCGAAGAUGAUGUUUAACAUCUUACAAGAGUGUGACAAGUAUCUUGCUUUGAAGGCGAAGGGAGUGAAGCCAGAAAAGACGGAAGAAGAGAUAGGGUUAGGGUUGGAAGAGUUGGUGGAGCUUGUGGAGGACAUUAACAACGCAAAUGACUUUGUCAAAAUGAAUGGACAAUACGAAAUGAUUAAGUUGCUGAAUGAAGAGAAGAACGAAAGGAUUCUGGAGAACGUCUGGUGGGUAUUAAAAGCACUUGUGAAUAACAAUCCGCACGCUCAGAAAAUGUUAUUUGAACAUAAGGAGUUCAUGCAAGUCUUCAAGAAACAGUUCUUAAGUACAGACAUUAACUCACCCGUCUUUUUCAAGAUCAUCUGCUUCGUCUGUGCCUUUAUUAACGAAAACCAAAGUAUUCAGAACGAAGUCGGAGGAGAGGAGUUUGUCGUGAAAUACAAGGAAGUCCUGAAAAAUGGAGACGACAAGACUAAAGACAGAAUGAAGUACACUCUCAACAAAUUCAGCGACCAACAAAUCAGUUCGUUGUGA